GGGAGGGCUGGUGUUUGGUUUGGAAGGCGAGCGGUCGGUGCGAGGCCCUGUGGCGGGGAUUGAGCCCGAGAGACAAACCCGCACAGACACACACAACACACGCACACACGGGGGGGGGGGCGAUGAGACGAGGGCGCACUCAGCUUUCUGUCACUGCAGAGAUGAACAAAUAACAUCGAGAGAGAGAGCGAGAGAGAGAGAGAGAAGAAAAAGAGGAGAGGAAAGACGCAAGUUAUGCUGCACCUGGAGCGGCCAUGGAGCUGCAGUGGGAUUUAGGGAUCACCUCGUUCCUCCUGGACGGGGUCUUCGCUUUUUGCAGCGAGUUUGCCCAGGACUGGGACAGCAAUGACAUGAGGGUGACUGUCUUCAAAAUCCUCCUGGUCUGGCUGCUCUGCAGCCUGGUGGCCGUUUACGUGGCCUGGAAGUUUUAUGGAGCCACAGUCAAUGACAUGUACUACAGACAAGGUAUUGGAGGUCAGAACGGCGGCACUCCAGAUAGCUCUUCCAAUUUUACCAGUUGGGAGGGUACAAGUGAUGAGCCAUUUAAACGUCACAGGGAGUGAUGGAGAUGUUUCUCUUGGCCCGAGCAUCAUUUACCUGGCCAGGGGGCAGCAUGCUUCAUGCUUCCGCCAAAACCUCCUUUGAGCUGGCCAUCUGUCCAGAGAAAUGGACUGGGGUAACUUUGUCUUUUUCUACUUCUUCUCAGCUCAAAAGGGAAGUGCCUGGCUUCCGCUCAUUGGUUUUCCUUAGAAAACACAGACAGGAUCACAUACCUGCCACGUGUCAAUUACACCUCGCUCUGCCACUAAUCUCCCUCCCCACCCCCUCCAUCCCAUACUAAUACUAACAGCUAUAACAAAAGAACAAAUUGCCACCGUACAAUUAUUUGGGGCCUGAAACACAAACAAUCACUUACCAUUUUGCCAUAGCCUUCAAUACCUUUCACCGUAAAGCUACUUAAUUUUUUUUACUUCCUUUUCUAUUGCUACGUUGUUAUGCACUUAAUCGUAGUACUCAUUAAUAUUCAAGUAAACUUUGCCAAAAAUGGCACCAAGUAUUGAAACAGGCCAUGAAGGAAUGUAUAUCCUGCUGAAAUACCUUUUGAAUGUAAACGCAUGUAUUUAGAGAUGAAUAUUUUAUUUUGUAAAUCACUGUAAUCCAUAAAUUGGACAACCUUUAUACAUUUUUAGCUCCUAAAUUAACUCCUAUUUAUGUUUUUAGACUUCCCUAUGCUGUACAUUUACAAAAUUGUUGUAUAUAUUUUAUUGGGUGGGGGGGAGGCGGGUGGGUUGCUGUCCAUGUGUUUGUGUAAAAGAGAAUAUGAAGAAACGCCACAAUAUAAAUUGGCUUGGUUUGCACUAAAUGUGUUUCUUGCUGAAGCUCAUUAUAUUUCAAUUACCCACAAAAUAUAUAGUCAAUUCAAUUUACAGUAUAUUCUGUGAAGCG